ACAGGCGGCGGCGGCGGCGGCAGCGGCGGAGUGAGUGAGGCCUGGUGUGCGACUCCCAUUGUAAAACACCCUCCCUCCCUCCCUCCGGCCAGCCCGCCCGCCCGCUCGCUCUCUUCCGCCCGAUUCUCCUUUGACCGAGGCGGCAGAUUGUAACCCGAGAAGAUGCCGGCGGUGUCCAAAGGCGACGGGAUGAGGGGGUUGGCGGUGUUUAUCUCUGACAUUAGGAACUGCAAAAGCAAAGAAGCUGAAAUUAAACGCAUAAACAAAGAGCUGGCAAACAUCCGAUCGAAGUUCAAAGGAGACAAGGCGCUGGAUGGUUACAGCAAGAAGAAAUACGUCUGCAAGCUUCUCUUCAUCUUCCUGCUUGGCCAUGACAUUGAUUUUGGCCACAUGGAGGCAGUCAAUCUGCUCAGCUCCAAUAAGUACACAGAGAAGCAGAUUGGUUACCUUUUCAUCUCUGUACUGGUGAACUCAAACAGUGAGCUGAUCCGUCUGAUUAACAAUGCCAUCAAGAACGACCUGGCCAGCCGCAACCCUAUCUUCAUGUGCCUCGCUCUGCACUGCAUUGCAAAUGUUGGCAGCAGGGAAAUGGCAGAGGCAUUUGCUUCUGAGAUUCCCAAAAUCCUGGUGGCUGGUGAUACGAUGGAUAGUGUGAAGCAGAGUGCCGCUCUGUGUCUGUUGCGUCUCUACAAAACCUCCCCAGAUUUGGUGCCCAUGGGAGAGUGGACAUCCCGAGUCGUGCAUCUACUGAAUGACCAACAUCUGGGUGUAGUAACAGCUGCUACCAGUCUUAUCACCUGUCUGAGCAAGAAGAACCCUGAUGAAUUCAAGACGUGCGUCUCCUUGGCCGUCUCCAGACUUAGUCGGAUUGUGUCAUCGGCCUCCACGGAUCUACAGGAUUAUACGUAUUACUUUGUUCCAGCACCCUGGCUUUCUGUGAAGCUGCUGCGACUCCUGCAGUGUUAUCCCCCACCUGAGGACACUGCAGUGAAGGGCCGGCUAAUUGAAUGUAUGGAGACGAUCCUGAAUAAAGCUCAGGAGCCACCAAAAUCCAAGAAGGUUCAACACUCCAACGCUAAGAAUGCGAUUCUUUUUGAAGCCAUCAGCCUUAUUAUACAUUAUGACAGCGAACCUAACCUGUUGGUGCGUGCGUGCAACCAACUUGGCCAGUUCCUGCAGCACCGUGAAACCAACCUGCGGUACCUUGCACUGGAAAGCAUGUGCCUGCUGGCCGGGUCCGAAUUCUCCCACGAGGCUGUCAAAACCCACAUCGAAACUGUCAUCAACGCACUGAAGACCGAGCGGGAUGUGAGUGUGCGCCAGCGAGCCGCAGACCUUCUGUACGCCAUGUGUGACCGAACAAACGCACCGCAGAUUGUGGCUGAAAUGUUAAGCUACCUGGAAACGGCCGACUAUUCCAUUCGUGAAGAAAUUGUGCUAAAGGUGGCGAUUCUGGCAGAGAAGUAUGCAGUGGAUUACACAUGGUACGUCGACACAAUCCUGAACCUCAUCCGCAUUGCAGGGGACUAUGUCAGCGAGGAGGUCUGGUACCGAGUUAUUCAGAUUGUUAUUAAUCGUGAUGACGUCCAAGGUUAUGCAGCAAAGACUGUGUUUGAGGCACUCCAGGCCCCAGCCUGUCACGAGAACAUGGUGAAAGUAGGUGGAUAUAUCCUAGGAGAGUUUGGGAAUCUCAUUGCCGGCGAUCCACGAUCCAGCCCCUUAGUUCAGUUCAACCUGCUCCAUUCCAAGUUCCACUUGUGCAGUGUCCCGACCCGCGCUCUGCUGCUCUCCUCUUACAUCAAGUUUGUCAACCUUUUCCCCGAGACCAAGGCCACCAUCCAGGAUGUACUGCGCAGUGACAGCCAGCUCCGCAACUCUGACGUGGAACUGCAGCAGCGGGCUGUGGAGUACCUCAAGCUCAGCUCAAUUGCCAGCACUGAUGUUCUGGCCACCGUGCUGGAAGAGAUGCCACCAUUCCCCGAACGUGAAUCCUCUAUUCUCGCCAAGCUCAAGAAGAAGAAGGGACCAGGCACAGUAGCUGAAAUGGAAGAAGGGAAGAAGGAACAAACAGAGGUGAACGGCGGUGUGGAGACUGUUGUGAACGCCAGCACAGUGUCCACACCCUCGCCUUCUGCCGACCUGCUGGGCCUGAAGAGUGCCCCUGCCAGUGGGGGCAGCCUGCUGGUUGAUGUGUUUUCCGAUGCUAUGCCCGCCAUUGGGGCUCUGGCACCCGGAGCUGAGGACAAUUUCUCCCGAAGCUUGGAUCUGCCGAGUGAAAGCCCUACCUCGUUGUUGGUGGAUGCAGCCCUGGGUCCAGAUGGUGUCACGACUGUGCCUACUGCUGGCUCUGAGGAUGCUUCUUUGCCUGUGCCUGACGCUGACGAUCUCCUCAACAAGUUUGUUUGCAAGAACAAUGGGGUCCUGUUUGAAAACCAGCUUCUCCAGAUUGGAAUAAAAUCGGAAUACCGGCAAAACUUGGGUCGAAUGUACCUGUUCUUUGGGAACAAGACUUCAGUCCAGUUCCUCAACUUCAUUGUAAAUGUUAACUGUCCGGGCGACCUGCAGAGUGAGCUGAAUCUUCAGGCUAAGCCUGUGGAGCCCAUCGUGGAAGGUGGAGCGCAGGUUCAGCAAGUCAUCAACAUUGAAUGUUUAUCAGAUUUCACCGAAGCCCCUCUACUCAACAUUCAGUUCAGAUAUGGCGGAACCUUGCAAAAUAUCACCCUCAAGCUGCCCAUCACCAUCAACAAGUUUUUCCAGCCAACAGAGAUGGCAUCUGAAGAUUUCUUCCAGCGCUGGAGGCAGCUCAGCAGCCCCCAACAAGAAGCACAGAAGAUCUUUAAAGCUAAUCACCCUAUGGACACAGAGGUUACCAAGGCCAAGUUGAUAGGAUUCGGCACCGCCCUGCUGCAGGACGUCGACCCCAACCAGGACAACUUUGUCGGUGCGGGAAUCAUUCACACAAAAUCCAUCCAGGUUGGGUGUUUGUUGCGGUUGGAACCCAACGGUCAGGCUCAGAUGUAUCGCCUCACACUACGCACAAGCAAGGAAACUGUGUCGAAGCGACUAUGUGGAUUACUGUCCCAACAGUUCUAAAGUCUGCCACAUGUAAUCGAUCUCUUACACUAUACUGCGUGUUUGUGUGUGUCUGAGCGUGAGUGUGUGUAUGUGUGCACGAGUACAUGAAGGUCCUAUAUCCAUGCCACAUCCAGUGAAAUCUUCAAGUAUCAUGUGACGUCCUUUAACUACAGUAUAUGUUUACGUGAUUGUUCUGUGGAGGUUUUCCUUCUUUUGCUAUUGUGGAGGGAUUUGGAAAGUUCUUUGGUACACGCGGCAUCAAAGGUGGCAGCGAUGAGCGGGGUUGUAGUGCAGUCCGUGACACCCCAUAGUAUAUCCUCUCCCUGUGAUAUAAUAACUCGGCCAACAUACUGAGAGGACUUUGAUUAUAAUUCCCUCCUGCAACAAGGAGUGACUGUGGACACAAAAUGCCGGAGUAACUCAGUCGGGAGAGGCAGCAUCUCUGGAGAUAGGAGGAAUGGGUGAGACCCUUCUUCAGACUCUCUUUCUCUCCAGGGAUGCUGCCUGUCCCGCUGAGUUACUCCAGCAUUUUGUGUCUAUCUUCGGUUUAAACCAGCAUCUGCAAUUUCUUCCUACCACAAGGAGUGACGGGACUCGAGUGCACGUCACUCAGCAGAGUGGUUCCUCUCAAUCCCACUGCUUGGGUCAGUACGGCCCACCGCACAGUGGUGGGCCACGUACUAACCAGGAAGGGUACAGGCGGUGUGUGACAAGCUAGCUACUCCCCUUGGGACCAGUUGAGGAAAGGAGACAAUCUUUGAGGCGCUCUCUGGAAGUGCUUUGGAGAUGUCCUGUGAAGGUGUGGAAUCAGACAUGCCCCACAGUCGAAUGGCCCGUCGAGGCUGACUGGGAGAUUUAGGCAGAGCGAUGGGGAAUGUCUACUAUGUGUGUGUGACCCAGUGAGAAGUUGCUGCCAUCAGUGAUGGUGAGUGGGGGAAGGCAGGAUACUGUCCAGUAGACACAGGAUAGCUACCCCCUUCUCUCACCCCCUUUACACCUGAAGAGCUGAUGCCCGAUUACCAAAAGACUUGCUGUCCCAUCUCGCUGUUAAUCGAUAUAGUCAUUUCUUAUAUUAAAAAAUGUAUGAAGUAAUUGUAAAAUGUAUCUGUAUAUAACUCUUUCUUAGAGCUGGAUAGAAAUACCUGUACGACCAACUUACUCUGUGGUCUCUGAUGUUAAAUUAGCUGUUUAAAUGUCACCAUUGAAAGUUAAAGGGUGGGCAUUUUUUUUUUAUUUUAACCUUUUGCUGAAGGUUUUGUUUUACAUGCAAAAAGACUGGAACUCCCUGAGAUUGUUCCCUUCCAAUCUUCCCUUUGAAACUACACACCAUCCGUUAGUAGUUUUUGGAAAAACCCUCUGCUCUAUGCAACUGCCAACCCUUCCGACCAUCGCCAUGCUGCUUGUACCUUACCCCCCUCUUCCCCCCCCCCUCCCUCUCUCUCCCCUCUCUCCCCCCGCCUCUCUAUCCCUCUCCCCUUCCCCUCUAUCCCUCUCUCUCUCCCUCCCUCCCUCUCCCCCCCCCUUCCCCUCGCCAGAAUGAGUUCCAAAGUGCGUGCUAUUGUGCAUGAUUGCUUAACAUUGCGGGAACGAACUGAACAGAAUAGUUUGGUUUCCUCCGAGCUUGCUUUCAUAUCAGUGAUAGUCCUUUUCAGUUUGGAGCGUGGAAUAUCGGCGUUUGUGAGCUGGUUCCAAGGAUUGCCUUUUGCAUUUGCACUUCAGCGGAUUAAAGGAAUCUAAUGCAGCCUCGUGAAUCGAGGGAGUUGGGGCAGGAAUGCAAAACGCACCUUGAAGCAGUCUCCUCGUCCACAAGGUUAAGUUAUCCACUUUCCUCCCCUUCUGCUCCCAACUCCAAGCAACGUUCCCCCCAUUUUCUGGGGACAUCUUGUUAACCUCCAGCACUGGCCGGCUUGCUUGCGAAUCCCUGACUCCACUUGUUUUCAACCUACUACUUUCUGUGGCGUCUCGUACAAAUGGUGGGCAAUCUUGUGCUGUGCGUACCCUACCUAGAUCAGCUGUAACUUCUCUGCUAAUAAAGAGGAUCCCGUCUGCCUAAUGCCUGUACAUAAAACUAACUUGUGCAACUGGACAACCUGGCAAUGGGGUUUCUUUGUAGUUCUAUGUGAAAUGGCAAAAACCGCUUUGAAAGACUUGAUCUCCAACAAUAGCACCAGUAUGUUCAUUGGUGGUGGGUGGGGAGGGGAGGGUGGUGGUGGUGGGGGGGAGGGAAACCAUGUUGAAUUUUCACUGUCAAGUAAUUAUGGACCAAUAACUAAUGGAGUUGCUGUGACCUCGGAAACAAAUGCUUGUCAAAAUGUAACCUGCAAGGAAAAAUACAAGAGAACAAAGGAUGUGAAUAAAA